AGGGUGGCAAGGAUGCAUCACCGAAAUGACACAUGAUACUAAAAAGAUGACUAUUGCAGCGGAGAGGACGAGCAAUACGAGUUUGGAGUUGAGAUCCCUUUUCAUUAGUCAGCAAAAAUAUCUCUGCCGAGCAUCAUGAAAACUGAACGUGCGCCGCCGAUCUUGGACUUCUCGGCUUUCUAUGGCAAUGAUGCCACCGCGAAACAGAAACUCGUCGACGACGUACGCCAGUGCUGUCUGCACAAUGGCUUCUUCCAGAUCACCGGGCAUCCCAUCCCACUAGAGCUACAGGAGGGCGUCAUGAACUGGAACAAAAAGUUCUUUGACUUACCUCUAGAAGAAAAAUCCAAAGUCUCACUACAGACCAACACCUGGAACCGCGGCUACGAGCUCCUGCGCUCCCAAAUCCUCGAAGAAGGCACCCAGCCCGAGCUCAAAGAGGGCUUCUACGUCGGCGACGACAUCCCCAAAACGCACCCCUACUUUGUCAACAAGCGCCUCAACAGCGGGCCCAACGUGUGGCCCGCCGGCCUCGCGGGCGUCGACGACUUCAAGCGCACCACACAAGCAUACUACUACGCCGCCGUCGCGCUAGCCAAGGACAUCCUCAAAGUGCUCGCGCUCACGCUCGACCUGCCCGAGGACUUCUUCAGUGCCUACGCCGCGGGCGCCGUCGCGACGAUGCGGCUGCUGCACUACCCGCCGCAGCAGUCCGACUCGGACGCGAAGCUCGCGCGGGGGAUCGGCGCGCACACGGACUUCGGCGGCAUCACGAUCCUGAUGCAGGACGAGGUCGACGGGCUGCAGGUGUGGGAUAAGGAGGUGGCGGACUGGUUCGACGUGACGCCGAUUAAGGGCGCGUUUGUGGUGAAUCUGGGGAACUUGAUGAUGCGGUGGUCGAAUGAUCGGUAUAUCUCGAAUUUGCAUCGGGUGAUCAAUCGCUCCGGGAAGGAGAGGUAUUCGAUUCCGUUUUUCUUUAGUGGGAAUCCGGAUUAUGUGAUUGAGUGUUUGCCGAAUUGUAAGAGGGAGGGGGAGGAGAGUAAGUAUGCGCCGACGACGGUGGAGAAGGCGGUGUUGGGGGGUUAUUCGGAUAGUUAUGGAAGGGCGGAGCGGUAUAAGAAGGCGCAGGAGGCACAGGGGGAGAAGGUGCCUGUGGUCGCGGCGAAGGAGGUUGCGGUUGCGUAAGUGCUUCUAUCACGCUGGUUUGGACUAUCUUCAAUUUACUGUUAUAGAUUUAUUCAAUAAAAUCACAGAAGCAAGGAACAGCGCUUGUGUUGGGGUUUCAAAGUUCUUUGUAUUAGGAGUGUUCCUUGGACUUGUACAGUUAUGGUAAUUGAGAGUGGAAGAUCUAUGUGGCCAGCUAAUCCUCCAAACACCAUGCUAGAAAACAUUCAGCCCGU